CUUCUUCCGGGCGGACUGCGCAUGAGGAAACAAGUCCAUCCACAUAUUCUUGCUCUGCACGUCGCUGACAGUUUGUGAGAUGAGUGAUUCGGAAGAUGAUGAGAUACCGCAGCUUUCUUCCCACACCUUAGCAGCUCUCCAGGAAUUUUAUGCUGAGCAGAAGCAAGCUCCCAGCCCAGGAGGAGAUGACAAAUACAGCGUCGGGGCAAUAGAGGAGAACUGGCAGCUGAGCCAGUUCUGGUACAGUGAGGACACGGCCCUGCGACUUGCACAGGAAGCGAUUGCUGCUGCAGGAGAAGGCGGCAGAAUCGCGUGUGUGAGCGCGCCCAGUGUGUACCAGAAGCUCCGGGCGCUACACAGGCAGCACGUCUCUGCACACAUCUUUGAAUACGACAGGCGGUUCGCCAUAUAUGGGGAGGAGUUCAUCUUCUAUGAUUACAAUCAUCCACUGGACUUGCCUGGAAGAAUCGCUGCGCAUAGUUUCGAUAUUGUAGUUGCAGAUCCUCCUUACCUGUCUGAGGAAUGUCUCAGGAAGACAUCCGAAACGAUCCGGUUCCUGACUCGGGGCAAGAUUCUGCUGUGCACGGGAGCCAUCAUGGAAGAGCAGGCAGCCCGGCUCCUAGGUGUGAAGAUGUGCAAAUUUAUUCCAGAACACUCUCGAAACUUGGCCAAUGAGUUCCGCUGUUAUGUGAACUAUGAGUCUGGGCUGGACUGUGAAACCUGAAUUCACAUGGCAUCAUGUUAUAAUAAAAGGACUCCAGGUGACAUGUCCAUUUCCUGCUUUAUUCUCUUUCUGUUGACACAUUGUGACCUCCCUCUCUCUGCCCUGGACUGGGACUCUAUUGGCUUUGGUUUUUCAAGACAGGGCUUCUCUGUGUCCUGGAUUCACACUGUAGAGCAGGCUGGCCUCAAACUCAUAGAGAUCUCUUGCCUCUGCCUCCCAGAGCACUGGGACUACAGGAUUGUACCACUGCGUCCUGCUCUUGCCUUAAUUUUCAAAAUAAAAUAAAACUUAUCUUUGCUGUU